AUGCAAAAUUUCUCACAAAUUCAAGACGUGGACAUCAAAGAAAAUGCGUUAGAAGACAUAUCAAGUCGACUCUUCACGUGUAUUCGAAAGAGUGUCUGUUUCACUCAUGUACGUUCACCAUCUUCCAAUCCGUUGACUAUACAAGCUGAAGAGGCAACUUUCACAAAUUGUAGUGAUUUAGAAAUUAAUUUAGAGAAACCUGUUCGACGCGUCUGUUUUGUGGAUUGCAAAGACUUAAAGAUAUCAUCUAGUGAUACAACCCACGUAGAGCAGAUUCGGAGUAAGCAUAUAAUUAUUGUCAAGCCUGAUGAGAUCAAACGGAAUGAAAGUUAA